AUGGCAGAAGCAGUACGUGGAUAUAAGAAGUUCUAUCAGGGUAAGAUGUAUGAAAUGAGUAUAUUGAAGCCUGUAGAAAAAGCCAAGACUACUCCAACAAAUCCAGAAGAUGCCCGUGAAUUAGGUUUUAAGGAAGGUGUCGAAGUUGGUAAGCGUGAAGGUUACUUGGAAGCACUAGCACAUCUAAAGAAGUUUUCGGAUGGUUUGCCAGUGAAGUUGAAGGAGAUAAAAUAUAUGGCAUUUGGUUAUAAAAAUUGCUAUUGGGAUAGUUGGAAUAAAGUGAUGUGGCUCAAGGAACAAGAUUCCGAAAAUUGGGUCAAAUAUGAUUAUCAACCAUUUUGUUAUGUUCAAGCUAAUACAAAUACUGGUAUUACAGACUUGCAUAAACAUAACAUGAAAAGAAUGGAUUACAAAGAUAAAACUGUUAUUCAAACUUUAAAACAAUCUAAAAUGAUUAUUGCAGAAUCAGAUUUAACUCCAGAAGUUAAAUUUAUGCAUGAACGUUAUGAUAAAGUACAAUUAAAGCCUGAUGUAAAAUUAUGGCAUAUUGGUUAUUAUGAUAUUGAAGUUGCAUCUGGUUCUAAGUAUUAUGAUGAUGAACCAAUUUUGGUUAAAGAAUUAGCAACUAAUACAGUUAAAGAAUGGAAGCUAAUUGAAUUUGAUAGAUAUUUCAAUCAUAAUUAUGACCAUACAAUUGAAAAUAGAGAAAAAGAAUACUUAGUAUUUGAUAUAGAAGAACAAACAUGGAAAAAGUAUACAGAUUCAUGUUAUGUUACAAAUGAAUUCCCUGCUGCAGAUAAGGCAUAUUGGCCUAUUAACUUGAUUUCAGUAUAUUCAACUAAGACAAAGAAAAAUCAUACAUUUUCUACAUUAGGAUAUGAUUUUAAAAAGGGUAAAUGUCCACGAGAAUUAUUACAUCAAUAUAAAGAUGAAAUUAGCAUGCUUAAAGGUUUCUUUAAGUGGGUUCAUGACCAGAAAUUUGAUAUAUUGACUGGUUGGAAUAGUGUUAAUUACGAUAUGCCUUAUAUAUGUAAUCGAUGUGAACGAUUGAGAGAAAAACUUGGUGUACAUACAGAAUGGGAAAGAGCAUUUAGUCCAUUAGGAAAAAUGCCUGUAGAAAAGAAGAAUUUUGAUAGAAAACUUGCAGAUGUUGAUUUAGGAAGUACAUUUACAAUUCCUGGUUUAUAUCAUUUGGACUAUAUGGAAUUGUAUAAGACAUUUGCUGACCAUCCACCUAUGGCAUCAUUUGCAUUGAAUUUCGUUUGUCAGAUGGAAAUUGGUAAAGGUAAGUUGGAUUAUGAAGGUAAGAUUAAUGAAACUUACAAGAUUGAUGAAACACAGUUUACUGAUUAUAACCGAGUUGACGUAGAAGAUUUCGUUGAAUUGGAAGAAAAGAAACAGAUUUUCCCAUUGAUUCUAGAAUAUGCUUAUGAUUGUAUUGUUACUUUGGAUAAGAUUUUUAAUAAAGUACCAACAUCAGAAGGAUAUAUUCUUAAGUUCUUACAUAAUGAAGGUAAAGUAUUAAAUGAUAAGCCUGAAAAGUAUGAAGACUGGUGGCGAAAUGAAAAGAUGUAUAUCGUUAAAGAUAAGAAUGGACAAACUUAUUAUCAAAACACAGAAUGGGAAGAAGAUGCAAAUGGUUAUCCAAACUUUAAGAAAUAUGUCUUAAAGAAAAAGUUUAUUGAUGGUGUAGAUAAUAAGGAAAUUCUAGAUGAUGUAUUAAGUACAUGGCAUGAGGAUAAGAAGAGAAAUAAAUCAGCAUGGCAAGUAUUUGAAGAAGAAGCAAAACGCGAUUAUGCAAAUAAUGAUUUACAUCCAUUCCCUGAAUUUCAGGUAAAAGCAGGUUAUUGUUUUGAUGAUCCAGGUCGAUAUGAUGACUGUAUGAGUUUUGAUAUUACAUCUUCAUAUCCACAUCAUAUUAUGCAAUUUAACAUUUCACCAGAAACAGUAUGUAAACAUCCUACAAAGGAACAGAUUGAAAGUGGUGAAGUAAUAUUGACAGAUGUUAAUGGCGUAGGAUUUUAUAGAACUAAUGAUGCGAUUAUUCCAUCAAUUGUAAAGAAAGUUUUUGCUGAACGUAAGGAAUAUAAGCGAUUAAAAGCAGAAGCUGGUGAACGUGGUGAUACUGUAGAAAAGAUGCGUUGCCAUAACAUUCAGUUGAACAAGAAAAACAUCAUUAACUCUCUAUAUGGUGUAUGUUUGUCACCAACAUUCCAUUUGUAUAAUAUAGAUUGUGCAAGAGCAAUUUGUAGAUGUGCUAGAGUAACACUACGAGAUUGGUUAACUAAAUGUUUGAAUGAUUAUUAUAAAUCUUCAUCAUUUAUUAAGGACGUAGAAAAGUAUUAUGGUAUUGAAUUAAAGGAUAAGAGUCCAAUUAGUUUUAAUGACCAUUUGUGUAGUGCAGUACAUAAUGAUACUGACUCUGUAUAUUUUACAAUUCAUGAAAUGAGAGAAAGAUUGGCAAAGGAAGGUCUUGUAUAUAGAACUGAAGAUGAAGUAAGAGAAUUCUUUAAGCAUGCUGAAGAUAUAUUUCAGGAUUUCUUUGUUAAGGUAUUGGAAAUAAGAGCACAGAAGAGUAAGACUGAAAAUAAGAUUAAAUUCAAUAGAGAAAAUAUAUUUACAUCAAUGUAUUGUUUUGCUAAGAAAUUAUAUAUUGGUAAGAUUAUUGAUAGUGAAGGUGAUUUAUAUCCUAUUGAAGAAAUUGAUUUGAGUAAGUAUACAGAGGAAGAAAAGAAGAGCUUACCACUUCAUUGGUUGGAUCAUCCUGAAGGUCCAAAGCAUAAGAUCAUGGGUGUUCCUAUUAAGAGAAGUGAUAUGCCAGAUUUUUGUAAGGAAGCUGCAGAAAAGUUGGCAUUUGAUAUAUGUAGUGGUAUGAAGUAUGAGGAUGCUCGAGAUAGUGUAAUUGCAACAUAUAAGGAAUUUUGUGAAGCAAGUACAGAUGUUGUGGCAUCUAAGAAGAGUAUUUCAAAUUAUAAGAAAUAUAUCCCACAUGAUAUAGAUUAUUAUUUGAAGAAUGGUCUAGUAUUUGAAACAGGUAUGACAUUUAAUGCUAAGUGUAGUUUGGCUUACAAUUAUAUAAUUGCUAAGAAUAAAUUUAAGUUGGCACCUAUAAAUAAUAAUACCAAGUUCAAUUAUAUGUAUGUUAAGCCAAAUGAAUAUAACAUUGAAGCUAUAGCAUAUAUAGGUGAAUGGCCACAAGAAUUGGCAGCUAUUUUGGAAGUUGAUUAUGAAACUAUGUUCAGAAAGAGUUAUAUUCCUCUAUUUGAAAAGAUGUUUAGAAUUUCUAAAUGGAUUGGUCCUAAAGAAACUGUACCACUGGAAGUCCCUGGUAUGUUUGAAUUUUUCUGUUAA